UUAAAUUACUGUUGUUUCACUAACCGUAACCGUAAAAAAAAUAUUAUAUCUACUCCUUUUUCCAAAUGCGUAGAAUAGUAAGAAAGUACGUCAAAAACCAUCUCAUUACCGUGCAACUGAGUCAUACUUCAAAUGUACUAUUACACUUGUAUUUACACACUUUAUACAAAUUGAUAGCUUGUUUCAAUAAUUUCUUUUAAAUCAACAUUCUACUAACCGAUUUUCAAAUUUAUAUAUUGUAGCAUUCAUUGAAGCAAUUAUCAAACUUAUCUAAACAUUGUAAGAAAACAAAUAUUUCUGUACCUUUUUACAUUCCAGUGAGGAAAACGGCCAAACCGUUAAUAAAAUGAGCUGUGCAGAACAAAACUAUGAGAAAUGAAACACGUGUCGAGCGUAAAAAAAAAAACAAACUUCCUACCUACCCUGGUCAAACCAAUUUUUAACGGCCGCUCUAUUAUAUACUUGCUCAUUUUAACAGACGGUUAUGAAAUCGCUGUUGUUUUGUUAACAGUAAAAAAUUAAUUAUCUCAACUCUUUUUUUCCAAAUCCAAAGAAAAGGAAGAAAGUACGUUGAAAAUUAUUCCAUUACUUCGCAACUAAGUCACACUUCAAAUAUUACUCCUAUUUAGACACCAUAUGAAUUUGAAAUACAUAAAUUCUAAAAAAACAGGGUAAUCUCUACACAUACCAAAGAUUAAUUAAUUAAUUAAUUAUUGAUUAAUAUAAAUACGUGGGUUAAUGGCUCUUGCUUAGUUGCUUAUUAAUCGGCCACUUCAAGAAAAAUCACAUAAGCAUAAGGUUUUUGGGGGUAGUGCAAAAAAAAAAAAAAUCGAAAUUGGCGUAACCGCUGCCUCCCACGCGUCACCUCUCUUCAUCUCUUAGCGAAAUUCCUACUUUGCUCUCGCACAGAGAAGCUGGCAGCCUGCUGCAGCAGCCAGUCUAAAUACACAGACCGGAGAAAAGAAAAAUCAAAAAGGAAAAAAAAAGCUCAUCUCUCUUAAUUGCGAGUCUUAUCUCGGGAAAUCACCCUUCUCACCAUUUUUUUUUUUUACUAUUUAACUUUCCCAUCAUUACCCUCUUCUCUUCCUCACUAUACCAUUCCCCCCUCCCAAUCUCUCUCUCUAAAGACUAAACCCCUCUCUCUCUCUCUCCUUUUGUCCUUUUCCUGCCUGUCCCAUCUCACACCGGCGAGAAGAAAUGUCGCCGGCGGCGAGUAAACGGCGGGAAGAUUCAGGGGAAGGAGAAGGAGAACUGGUGAGGAAGUUCUACCCUGCUCCGUUGGCAGACCACGAGGUUGUGGUGAACGAUGGUGCCGCCUUCUGGGACACUCUCAAUCGCUUCCAUUCCAUUAUGGGAACCACCUUCUCGAUUCCUGUGAUUGGAGGGAGAGACCUGGAUUUGCAUGUCCUCUAUGUUGAGACCACGAAAAGAGGCGGUUUUGAGAAGGUGGUUGCGGAGAAGAAAUGGAGGGAGGUGGGCUCGGUGUUUCGAUUCUCUCGCACAACCACAAGUGCCUCCUUCGUGCUGAGGAAAAAUUACCUUGAGACCCUUUACCAUUACGAACAAGUCCACUUGUUUAGGGUCCAGGGGCCAAUCUUUGCCUCAAUCUGGAAGCAACCUGAAUCUCGUCGUGGGUCUGGAAGACGGUCUUCAAAGAAGUCCAGAGUGGCCGUUGUGGAAGGUUCUUCUUCUACUCCUCAUCCCAACUCUGCUGCGAACUCAACUAAUCCACUCCCUGCUAAAGAUCCAUCCACAUUCACAGCAACCGGGACGAUCGAGGCCAAAUUCGAGUCGGGCUACAUAGUUUCCAUGAAGAUAGGUUCAGAACUCCUGAACGGAGUUCUGUACCAUCCACAUUCCCCUGCUGCCCCGGCUUUUGCUCCGGUCCCCGUCCCCGUCCAGGCCCCUCCUCCUCCUCAGGACACCUCCAUAGUGCCCUACACACCCAAGAGGUCCCGGCACUACGGAGGGCGCGACGGCCGGAGAAGAAGGGGCAGCAGAAGGGUGGAGGACCCUGACUACCCUAAAGCCAACAGGAGCGGCUACAACUUCUUCUUUGCUGAGCAGCACUACCAGCUCAAGAAGACGCACCCCAACAGGGAGAGGGAGUUCACCAAGAUGAUUGGACAAGCUUGGACCAAUCUCAGUGCAUCAGAGAAAUCGGUGUAUCAGAUCAUUGGGAUGAAGGAUAAGGAAAGGUACAAGAGGCAGCUGAAGGAGUACAACGAGAAGAAGAGACUGAAGCUAGCUGCUGCUGCUGCUGCUGCUGGAGCUGGAGCAGCUGAGUAGUAGUGGAAAAGGCUCUCUCCAAGUUGAAGACAGAUUUAUGUUUAAAAGUUAUAAGCUUCUUAGUUUUUUUCUUAUACUUUUGGUUCGUCACCAAUUUUGGCGAAUGGAGAAAUGGGAAAAUGGAUGUUGGGUACUGAAGACAACAGAUGGAUUAUGUUAUAGACUGAUGAUCCAUUUUGGAUGGUAUAGUUAUAUGGGCCAAGUUUACCAAUGAAUUUCAGGUUUUAAAUUGAUUAGUAUUGUUGGUAAUUGAGUUAAUUUGUUUAUUUACAAGUUGGGGAUUCGGUAAAAUAACAUGGAACUGUUGUUGAGUAUAAAUAUGAAAAAAGUGACACUGGUAAUUUGUUAUAGUCAGUUGAGAUGCAUUGUAUUCAUUUUUUUUAACACUAUGUUUGGGAAGGGGUGUAAAUGGAAGGGGGUGCAAGUUUGGAGGGGUAAACACAAGUUCCAAGUCGUUUACUCCCGUUUGGUUAUUUUGUAACAGUAGGGGUGCAAAACGUGAGCGUAAAUUCACUGUUUCGGCUUACCCCCCAAAUUGGGGUGCAAGGGAAGGAAGGAAGGGAGGCGGAAGGGGGAGGAGGGGAAUUAUGAAUUUUUAAUUAGAUUAUAAUUACAUAAUAAUCAAUAUUAUUAAUUUUUUCUUAUAUCUAUAUUAGUGUAGAAGUUGUUUGGGGUUGACCGUUUGACCCAGAGAGCAAGUUUGUCAAUGUUCGCCUCGUCAAAUCGAUAUCUCUUAGUUGACCCGAAUUUGCAUUGAAAAUUAGAGAUAAGAAGCAUUUGUUGAAAAGAUAGAGAGGAACAGUUUAGUUAACUCGAUUUACUUUAAUAAGUAGUUAAAACUUACAGAUUCGAAUGUGUUUGACUAAGUUUGACCAUAUUCAAUUUAAAGUUAGGCACGAGAACCCCCUUAGGAUGACCAGUUACGAGUUGGAUUUCGAGUUUCAAGGUUGCUAGACCAAUGAUUAUUAUUGUUGUUAUAAUUAAUUAUAUUUGAGCAUUAUUAUAUAAUAAUUAUUUUUAUUAAAAUUAUUUUUAUUUAUUAUUUUUAUGAUUAUAUAUUGAAUUUUCAUGUUAUUAUUUUGUGAUAAUAUUUUAUAAAUUGAUAAAUCUAUUUUAUAAUAAUAUAAUUACUUACUUUUUACUCUAUUUGCACCCCCCUACUUUUUCAUCCAAACAACAAUUUACCCCUCCACUUACACCCUCCACCAAGUUGCACCCCCCAACAAUUUACUCCUCAACUUGUACCCCCUCGAACUUGCACCCCCUUGUUGCCAAACAUAGUGUAAGUAAUCAGUUAUAAUGCUUCGUAUCCCUUUCCAAUCAUUGUAACUACACAUGACUAGUCAUUUGGAUAACGCAUCUUGUCAUGUUUUGGAUUGAACUUGAUUUACACACCACAAAUCAACAAUUUGUUUCAGUCGUUUCCUCUCUUCUAAAUGCAUAUAGUACAAUCUCUGUAAACUAAAUAUAAAAUCUCUCAAAAUAUUGAAAAAUGCUACAUUUCUUUUUAUCUUCAAAGUAGGCAACUAUGAUUUCAUAAAUAAAUUGAAUCAAUUAUCAAAUGUACCUAAAUAUCGUAAGAAAAUAAAUCUCUUUGUUCCUUUUACAUUCCAUAGAGGAAAACUGUCAAAUCAUUAAUAGAUUGAGUUGGGUAGAACAAAUGUGAAAAAUGAAACACGUGUUGGGCGUACAAAACCUUCUACCUACUCUGGUCAAACUAAUUUAUAACGACUGCUCUAUUAUAUACUUACUCAUUUUAAUAGAUAAUUAUUAAAUUACUAUUGUUUCACUAACCGUAACCGUAAAAAUUAAUUAACUCUACUCUUUUUUUUUUUCAAAUCUGUAGAAUAGUAAGUAAGUACGUUGAAAACCAUCUCAUUACCUCGCAACUAAGUCAUACUUCAAAUAUACUAUUUUACUUAUA